AUGGUGGACUCGCCCAGGGAGGGAAGACUGGCCAGGUCCCCGGACUUCAUCCAGCUGGUCGACAUGGCGUCUGAGUCCGUGGGAGGCAAGGUUUUAUUCGCAACAGAUGACUUCUUUGCUCCUGCGGAAAACCUUAUCAAGAGCGACAGCCCCAGCUUUAAGGAGCACGAGCGCACUGAGUUCGGGAGGUGGAUGGACGGAUGGGAGACCAGGAGGAGGAGGACCCCAGGUCAUGACUGGUGCAUCGUUAGGCUGGGCGUUCACGGCAUCAUCCGGGGCUUCGACGUGGACAUCUCCUUCUUCACGGGAGACUACGCUCCUCGUGCUUCGAUUCAAGCAGCAAACUUGGAAGAAGAGAACGAACCGGACAUUCCCGAGAGAGGAGCCAGGACGGGAGCCGCCGCCAGCCCCGAGGAGCUGGACGCCAUCGCUCAGCUGAAGUCCAACGAGUGGGACUGCCUGGUCCCCAUGACUGAGCUUAAACCAGGAAAGCCUGCUUCCGGCCACAAUUAUUUUCUCGUUAAUUCUCAGCAGAGAUGGACCCACAUAAGACUCAACAUUUUCCCAGAUGGCGGGGUCGCUCGUCUCCGUGUGUACGGUACUGGACAGAAGGACUGGAUAGCUACGGACGCCAAAGAGCCUUUGGACCUGGUGGCCUUGGCUUUCGGGGGCGCCUGCGUAGGGUUUAGCAACGCGCAUUUUGGGCACCCCAACAAAGUGAUAGGGGUCGGCCAGCCGAGGUCGGUGGCGGAUGGCUGGGAAACGGCCAGGAGGCUGGACAGGCCGCCGACGAUAGAGAGCGAUGAGAACGGCACUCUCCUCGUUUCGGGGUGCGAAUGGGCAGUUUUCCGCUUGGCACAUCCUGGAGUAAUAACGCAAAUAGAGAUUAAUACAGAGCACUUUAAAGGCAACUCCCCUGACAGCUGUAAGGUGGAUGGUUGUAUCCUGACGACCCAGGAGGAAGAAGACAUGAUCAAGCAAAAGUGGGACCUCCCGGGCCACAAGUGGAAGCCACUGCUUCCGGUCACGAAGCUGUCACCCAACAAGAGUCACGUGUUCGACAGCCUGACCCUGGAGCUGCAGGACGUGGUCACCCACGCCAGGCUCACCAUCAGCCCCGACGGGGGCCUCGGCCGCCUGCGUCUCAAGGGUUUCCCCAGCUCCAUCUGCCUCCUGCGGCCUCGGGAGAAGCCCGUGAUGAGGUUCUCGGUUAAGGCGGGGUUCAGAGCCAACCUGUGA